AUGGCGCCCUUCUCUUCAGUGCUCAAGAGGGCCAUUUUAACCUCUCAGUUGUAUGGCAUAUUUCCUUACUCCCUGGACGGUAACCUGUUCCGGCUGUCCGUGGCCAGGCUGGUCUACUUCAGCUCGAUGCUAGCCGUGACCCUCUACUGGAUCGCCAAGGUCCUCGUCACCGACGUGCCGUCCUACCCCACCACCGCCGUCGACUACACCUUCACGAAGGUGAAGCUGUCAGUCUGGACCUUCACCACGAUAGUCACCAUGGUGGUCAUGGUCUUCAUCGGCCGCAGGCUCAACACAUGGUUGACGAUUGUCCUCAAGUGCCAAGAGAUCAAGGGGCUAUCUAAGAUAGAAUUUUCCCACCGCUACGUCUGGUCCCUCAUCCACCACCUUACCCACAUCAGUGUCAUAAUUGGCAAAAUUACCUCCUACGACAGCUUGGAGUAUACGAAAGCUACAUACGGUUUAGUAGGCAUCUUAACUGACUCCAUGAAGGAAUUGAAUAGUGCCUUUUCGAAACCGACUUUGGAACAACUUGAAGCAUCUGUAGUGGCUUACGAAAGAAUCGCCUCAGGCUCUGGAGAAUUAUCCGAAGCAUAUGGAAUCCAGCUGUUGGUGAUGGUCGCAGGAGAUUUUAUCUUAGUUACAAGCAAUGCUUUCCUGAUAGUCAACGAAACUGUGCCGUAUAGAAAGAUAUGGUUUGCAAUGCAAUGCAUUCUCCCAGCGAUGACUACUUUUCGCCUGGUACAUGCCUGCGUAUGUUUGGUUAAUGAAAGCGAAGAAUUCAACUCACUUCUUAGAAACACCUUAGUUGAUAGAAUGAACAGUAAUUUGUGCCAAAGUGUAAGUAAAUUACGCUACCAUAGACGAGUAACAGCGAAUAAGAGGACCUUAGGGGCUAAAACUUUUCCGAAGAGAACAAGCUUGUUGUGA